CACACAGAUCCAGUAGAUCCUCAGAGACUCGAGGCCCGAGGCGGAUCAUGAUGGUGUCGAGGCCGGUGUCCACCGUGAUCGUCCUGCUGUCGAUGGCACCUGUGUCAGAAGCAGUAUCGCCGCACGACCCGCAGAACUGCUACAUACUGGACGGGCUUCUGCUGCUGUACGGGAUCGUCAUCACUGCGUUCUUCGUGCACGCUCGAUUCGUCAGGAAAAGAAGCAAAGCAGACGACGCAGAGUCUCCGUAUCAGGCGAUUAACCCCAGUGGGAAGGAGGUGUACAGUAACCCGAAGCACAGCGCUGAAGGGGGUCGCAGGAGAGGAGGAGACGACACCUACACGCCUCUGAGCAGAAAGACAGACGAGACGUAUCGUGAGAUCGAACCCAGAGGAGACGUGAGUCGGCGUCGGGAUCAGGUUUAUCAGGGUCUGAGUUCCAUGACUAAAGACACGUAUGACUCUCUGCACAUGCAGCAGAUUAACCCGCCGCCUCGUUAGAAGCUCGUCAAACCCUCGUCAGGCCACAGUCCAUUCCCGAGUCCAUUCCUGAGUCCAUUCCCGAGUCCACUCCAAUCCCAUUCCCCAGUCCGGUUCCAGGCCUUCUUUCCUUCCUAAAGGCCCCAGUCACGCGAUUAUUGUGUUUUUACAGUAACUGUUUCUCCACUUCAUGAAUGAUAGACUUUCAUAAUGAGCUUAAAGUUUACAUGUCGUACAUGUCCAGUAGCGUUAAAGUCAGAAGAAUCGGUAUCACUUUACAUUAACAUCAACUAACAAUGAACAAUACUUUCAUUAAUACAGCAUUUAUUGCUUUUAGUCAAAUAUAAUUAUGAUAAUAAUCAGCAUUUACGGAUAUAUUAAUAAAAUCAAAGGUUGCAUUUGUUAAUAUUAUUUAAUAGACCAAUGAUCUGUUGUAUAUUACUAACAUUAACAAAGGUUUAUAAAUGCUUUAAAAAUGUAUUUUUGAUUGUUAGUUAAUGCAUCAACUAAUAUUGACAAACGAAUCCUUAAAGUGAUACCAAAAAAAUCCCUAUAAAGCCUUUGACAGUAAACCUGAUUGAGCCAACGUUUAAACAUCAUGUGACUCAACUAAUGAUUCAUUCUGGACGAGUCUCAUUAGUGUAAUAUUGUACACUCUUAAAUAGAGCUUCCAAAAA